AAUCCCCUCAAGAGUGCCACAAAUCCACGGAAGUUGAUUUGGGGAUGGUCUGGACUGACAAAAUCUGGACCAAUAACAGACGUAUAUUUUUGGGCCAGGGCGGACCAUAUCUAAAGUUCAGGCAAAUAUGAUCAAAAUAUAGGAGUCCGAGCGUGCAUGUAGUGUCGUCUACGUAUUCUCCUCGAUCGACUGAUUUGCUCUUUCUAAUAGGAUCAACGACAAAUAAUAGCCAGGUUAUUUCAUAAUAUGGAAGUUUUCAAAUACCCUGUUUUCUUCGAGUGCCAGACUCUGGUCCCAUCACAGAAAAAUAUGAUAAAAAGGUACUUUGGAAUUAAACGUAAAUCCGGUGGCGGAGAUUGUGGACCAGUAGAAUCAGUUGGUGACAAAGUCUACAAGAUCGCAUUUAUUGACCAGACAGUCCAGGAGAGGGUACUUCAGAAACCUAAUCAUGUGUUGGAGAUGCCUGGAGGACCUCUCUUCCUCACUCUGAGAGGCAGCCAGGAGCCUCCACCCACAACAUUCAGCAGUCAGAGUCACCACUCCCUCCCGGUCGAGACAUCGCCACCAGGUGGUCAAGAACAUGUACUCCAUCGUCUGAGCACAGGGAAGCAGGAGAAGAUCAGCACCACCUGUCAUCUGGGACAGGUCCAGCUCCUUCUUCUAGGUGAAGUGAUAGAGAAGGAUCUAGUUGAGGUUGUUCCAGGGGUGAACGUGACACGCGGUGACUCAGCUCAGCUGGUGCUGCACGGCUAUGCAAAUGAAGUCCAGGCAGCCAGACAGUUAGUUACAGAUAAAAUCUCUCUGGUGCUGGAGCGGGUGGUGCCUGAGGUGUCCCUCCACCUCCUGUCCUUCCUGAGGGAUGAGUAUGGGAGGCCUGGGAACCUGAGCAGUCUCCUGGGGUUGGGACUCCAUGUGGAGGUAGAGCUGGGGGACACAGAGCUCCGUCUGUUCUCCCUCUCCUCUGGGAAACUGGACCAGGCUGAGAAGGAUCUGCUGAGGGAGUUUGGGGAGGAGAAGAUUGACGUGCCCAACGAUGCCCUCCUGGCUGAACUGAAGUCUAAGCUUGAGACGAAGGUGAAGGAGAUGAACCAGAGCAGAUGCAGGGUGGUAGCCAGGUAUGGUCCUGGGUGUAGAGUGCUGCUGCUGGGCCACAUGAAGGAGGUUCAGGAGCUGAGGGAGGAGAUUGGGGUCUUUCUGAUGGGCAGGUCCAGUGUAAGAGUCGUGAGACACCAUCAACAGAAUCAGGAUGGCGUAGUCAGCGAAGUAGGAACCGGCUCUAUACAGGAGGAGAUGGUCGCAGCCACCAGCUAUCGCCUCCGUCUGGGACUGCAGGUAGUUGUUUGUCAAGGUGACAUCACCAAGGAACAGGCAGAUGCGCUGGUGAACGCAGCCAAUGAGGACCUGGAUCAUGCUGAGGGUGUGGCUGCAGCUCUGAGCCAGGCGGGGGGGCCUGAGGUACAGCAAGCCAGCAGAGAUCUGGUUAGGCAGAUAGGGAGAGUGCCCACAGGUACAGUGGUAGAGACUACAGGAGGGAAUCUGCUUUGUAAGAUGCUGCUGCAUGCAGUGGGACCAGUAGGGGGCAGCGUAGGUAGGAAUGAGCGCCCUCUGCUGGAGAAGACAGUAAAGGCAGUCCUGGAUCUGGCAGAGACCAUGGAACUCCAGACCCUGGCCAUGCCCUGCAUCAGCUCGGGAAUAUUGGGCGUUUCUCUGAAGGUGUGCUCUGAGGCCAUAGUCUCUGCAGUGAGGGACUUUGGGAGGAAACAGCACAUCCUUACCAAGGUCACUCUGAUUGAUGUGAGUGGAGAGGCAGUGAAAGCCAUGCAGGAGGCCUGUGAUAGGCUGUUAGAGGGGAAGAGGGAGUUUCCUGGAUGGGAGGUAGAGUCCAGCACCACCACUACCACUACACAUGCUCCUCAGAGAGACACCACUGCUGCCUCCACCAGGGGACCAGCUGCUCCAGAGGUCUGUGUCCAGGUGGAGAUCAUCCAGGGAACCAUAGAGAAACAGGAGGUGGAUGCCCUGGUGUCCCCCAUGCUUGGCAGUGACCCUCUCUCUUCCCGUGUUGGUAAUGCGUUGUUGGAGGCAGCUGGACCAGGGCUGAUGAAAGCGUUUGCGAGGAAAUCAGGGGGACGGACUGCACCUGGUAACAACGUCCUGGUGGAGGGACUGUCUGGUCUCAGCUCUGGCUGUGUCUUCUUUCUCAGCUGUGCACACUGGGACAACAACCCCCAAGGACCAGCAGUACAGGCUCUGAGGCAGGGUGUGAGGAAAAUUUUGACCUCUUGUGAGAACCGGGGCUUCCGUUCCGUUGCCUUCCCUUUAGUUGGAACUGGUGUGGUUCUCCAGUUCCCUGACAAUGUGGUAACACAGGUUCUGCUAGAAGAGAUCCGUACGUAUGAGCAGAACCGAGCGAGCAGAACCCCCCUUCCUUGUCCGCAUCAUUGUCCAUCCAAAUGACAGAGAUUCUACCAAGGCUUUUCAGACUGCCCAGAAUGCUUUGCAUCUCAGAGGGUUCGUAUUAGGCACUCGGCCAGAGCAAG